AUGUCUACUCUCUCAUCCCCUCGUCCAUCAAUUGCAUCCUCUCGUGCGCAUUCCCCCACGCCUGCAUCCUCACGCCGUCCGUCUCUCGACACUCUGAAUACCAAUGUCGCCGGAGGCCUCAGUGCCUCCUCAACCCCGUCUACAGCACGAGCUGUGUCCCCUUCUCUUCACCAAAGACGUAACCGCACCGCCCUUCGAGACUACUACAAUUUGAGACCCUCCGCUGCCGACCCGGCCGGCAAUGGAAGCGCGUCUCGAUCUCGCAGCAUCCCCAGACACACCGAUGCCGGGGACAUGUCGAAUCUGUCGUCGGUGGUAGCAACCGGAACAGAGUUGGACAGCCCGGACUUUGAUGCACAGCGUUAUGUUAGCCAUCUACUCGCAACUUCGUCGCUGUCGACCGUCCUCAAGGCAGAGAAUACACUUGUCGGUGACAUCAAAACACUUGACAGUGAACGCAAGGCGCUCGUUUAUGACAACUACUCGAAGCUGAUUCGCGCGGUGGAAACAAUUGGCAAGAUGCGCCAGAGCAUGGAUGAACGCGGUGCGCCCCUGACGAUGACAAAGACGCUAGGACCGGCUAUCGCAUUCGUGGCUGAAACUGCGACGAGUCUAAUACAGGAAGGUGAGGAGCAGCGGCAGCGGAUCCGAGAGGCAAAGGCUACAGAUGGGACGGACCGCAGAAAAGCCGAGAAGGAGACCGUGCAAUGGGUUCUCGAUGCACCAAAUAGGCUAGAGAAGCUCGUUGCAGCUGGUAAGAGGGAUGAGGCUGAAAAGGACUGGGAUGAGCUACGGGGCCUAUUGGGCAAGUGGGAAGGAGUUAAGGGAGUCACUGAAAUUCGCCAGGCUUGUGAGACGACGAUGAAACCAAGCGACGAGCCUUCUUGA